UGGUCUAUACUGUAUGAGCGUGUUAUGUAAAUGUGUCACCUCUGUGACGAUUCGUCAUCUGUGAACUUUUCUGACCUAACGUGAAUUUCAGGAGUAUUAAAACGCGCAUUAUACUCCUCCCACAGCAAUGAUGUAGUACGACUCAAACCGGCAAGAAGCUACGAAGCCAGAACAGGUUUUUCUCCAUGUCCUACUUAGCGAGGCGGUGUUCCUGAUAACCCACCAGAAGAUAAACCUCACAGCCACACUGGAUUGUCAAACGACGGACACUUGAAGCGUAACUAUUUGUUAACCAUAAAAACCGAGAUCUUAUAAAGGAUGAAUUCAAUAAGACAUGUGCCUUCGCGGGUUAAAAGCAAAAGGACGGAAACGAUUUUAGGAGCCGAGAGGGAGCAUUUCGAAAAACAGCAGCUAAGCAGUAUCAGUAAGGCCAUCAAUUCCACAGAGACGCCGCUGAAGGAGAAACAUGCACGCAGAAUUAUUUUGGGAACCCACAGAGAGAAGGGGGCCUAUACCUUCUGGUCAUAUGCCGUUGGUCUGCCCUUGCCAAGCAGCGCCAUCAUUAGCUGGAAGUUCUGCCAUGUAUUACACAAAAUCAUGCGUGAUGGUCACCGAAAUACUUUACAAGACUGCAUGAGACACUACAGCAGCAUUGCUGAGACAGGGUUAUUAUGGACUAAUACACGGGACAGACAUGGAUAUGGACAGCUGGUUUCUCUAUAUUCCAAACUCCUCUGCACCAAGAUGGAGUUUCACACUAAGCAUUCUGAAAUCCCAGCCAGUCUAGAAGUCACAGAUGAAGUCCUAGAGCGAACAGCGGGAACAGACAUCAAUAAUGUGUUCCAGCUCACAGUAGAAGUGUUUGAUUACAUGGAUGCAGAGCUUCGAUUAGCAGAAGCUGUGCUCCGCCAGCUCAAUAUGUCUAUUGCUAUCUCCACACUGACGUCAGGCCAGUGUAAACUAGCUCCACUCAUCCAGGUCAUCCAGGACAGCAGUCAGCUCUACCACUACACCGUCAAACUGCUCUUCAAACUGCACGCCUGUUUACCUGCAGACACACUUCAGGGACACCGUGAACGCUUUCAUGAGCAGUUUCAAAGCCUCAAAACAUUCCUCAAUAAAGCUCGAGACAUGCUAUACUUCAAGAGGCUGAUCCAGAUACCUAGACUACCUGACUCUCCACCCAACUUCCUUCGGGCCUCUGCACUAGCAGAGCAUGUUAAACCCAUGGUUGUCAUCCCAGAUGAAGAAGAGCUUGAGGAGCAGGAAGAGGAUGAACCUGAGUCUCUGAUAGAUGUUAGUGAGGUGCAGCCUAUCAUGGCCUCUCAGCCACAGAGUGACAUAUUUGAUCAAGCAUUUGGACCACCCAGUGAUGGAUUUGAUGAUAGAGACCUUCAAAUCGAACAUCUGAAACGAGAAAUUGAACUUCUGAAAGCUGAGCUUGAAAAGAUAAAAGGAGAGGCUCAACGCUAUAUCACACAGCUCAGGUCUCAGAUCAACAGUCUUGAGACAGAACUGGAGGAGCAGCGUGCGCAGAAGCAGCGCACCCUGGUGGAGAAUGAGCAACUUCACAUGGAGUUAGAGGCCCUCCGUCGCCGCAACACUGAACAUGAGAGCAUCCAGACCAACUUUGUUGAGGCAGAAAAAAGAUCCCAAGCAACAGAGUUGCGUUAUAAUAAACUGAAGGAAAAGCAUGCUGAACUAGUUGCCAACCAUGCUGAACUCCUCCGAAAGAGUGCAGACACAGUAAAGAUGCUAUCAGUCACACAACAGACUCAAGAGGAAAUUGAACGAACUAAGCAACAGUUAGCCUUUGAGGUAGAAAGAGUCAGACAAGAGUCAGACAUGAAGUUUGAAGAGCAGAGGUUUGAUAUGGAUAAACUGAGGAGGGAGCUUGAAGAGAAAAAUGCAGAAAUCCAGAAAGUCAAGAGUUUAUUACAGACCUCUGAGAAGGCAGGAGAGCAGCUGAACAGCUCUGUGGCUGCACUUAAGGCAGAAAAGGAUAAGCUAACACAGUUUAUAAGUAAGAAAGAUGUCGAUCUCUCCUCCCUGAUGAAGGAAGCUCAGCUGAAAGAGUAUUCUUUACAGCAGGAACGUGACCGAACCAUCAAGGAGCUGGGAGAAUUACAAGGCAAACUCAGAGAGAAGUUAACUCACGAAGAGCAGCUGCAGCAGAAGUUGCUGGAUGAGCAGUUUGCACUGCUGCAGGCAACAGUCACUGAGGCUGAGAACAUCAUUCAGGAUGCUGUUGCUACACUAGAUGACCCCCUGCACAUCAGCUCCUCCAGCUCCCCAGAUUACCUUAUUAGCCGAGCAGAGGCUACGCUCAACUCCAUUGAUAAGCUGCAAGUGGGCCACUCUGAGUAUGUGAAGAAAAUGAGGGAUGCUGGGAGUCUCGUUAGGGCUCUUACUAAGUUUUCACAUCUUACUGCUGACACAAUAAUCAGUGGAAGUGCGACGGCACACAUGGCUCAUACUGACGACGCUGACCGUUUGACGGAGCACUGUAAAACUUGUGCCACCCAGAGCCUGCAGUAUCUUAGGAAUCUUAAAUCAAAAGCAUCUCUAAAGGGGGCUGAUCCUACCUCGAUUCAAGCAGCAGUGCAGAAGAUUCUUAGAAUAGGACAGGAUCUGAGGCCAAAAGGGUUAGAUGUUGGUAAGGACGAGCUGGGUGACGUGGUGGAUAAAGAAAUGGCUGCUACCUCUGCUGCUAUUGAGGAGGCUGUCAGGAGAAUUGAUGAAAUGAUGAAUCAGACCAGGAAGGACACAACAGGAGUGAAACUGGAGGUCAAUGAGAGAAUCCUAAAUAGCUGCACUGACCUUAUGAAGGCCAUUCGUCUUUUGGUGUUGGCAUCCACAGACCUGCAGAAGGAGAUUGUGGAGAGUGGAAGGGGAGCAGCUUCAGUGAGAGAGUUUUAUGCUCGUAACUCUCGCUGGACAGAGGGUCUUAUUUCUGCAUCCAAAGCUGUAGGAUGGGGUGCGACACAGAUGGUUGAUUCUGCUGAUAAAGUGGUGUUGCACACUGGGAAGUAUGAGGAGUUGAUCGUCUGCUCUCACGAGAUUGCUGCUAGCACUGCACAGCUUGUUGCAGCCUCUAAGGUGAAAGCUGACCGUGGCAGUAAGAAGCUUGGCGUUCUUCAGCAUGCCUCGCGCCAUGUUAAUGAGAUGGCUGCUAACGUGGUGGCUUCCACCAAGACCGGGCAGGGCCAGAUCGAGGAUAAGGGCACCAUGGACUUCUCUGGCAUGUCUCUAAUUAAACUCAGAAGAGAAGAAAUGGAGUCACAGGUGAAGGUUCUAGAGCUUGAAUCCAUGUUGGAAAAUGAACGUUUGCAUUUGGGUGAACUCCGGAAGAAACACUAUGAGAUAGCAGGUGUCCCUCUAGAGGAGAUGGACAAUGGCAUGGGAGCCUCUUCACUUGUGACUGCUGCGCCGCCCUCUCCUAAACCCUCUAAGCCCACUCUAAUGAAGAAACCAGCUCUUGCACAAAAACCCAACAUCCCACCCAAAAGCACGUUGAGGUGAGCCCAUCUGGAUGAAGAUUUAUGAAGACUUGUUGAAUCUCAAAACAUCAUUAACCCUUGUUAAUAUUUUUUUUUUUUGUUAUCUUUUUUUUUUUCCACUUUCUGUGUCUGGUCACUCAAAUGUUUUUCCUUAUCUUCUAUGUAAGACCUUUGCCUUUUUUCUAUUUGAGAGUGCCUUAGAGGCUACAAAAUUUUAAAAUUGUAUCUUAGAUGUAGAGCUAUAGUACUGGGUGUCCAUAAUUUAAGUACAAUUUCAAAUAAUUUCAUUUUUAAAUUACAGAUAUUUUGCUUUAAUUACAUUACACAUAGUACGUUAUACGGCAUAAAAUAAAUAACAUUAGGCUUAAGGAACACCUACAUUUUUGCAAAACUCCAAAAACGUACUGUAUCUACAGAAAAGUAAAACCAGUUUUAUUUAUUUUUACACAAAUUAUGAUUACGGGGCAGAUCAUUGAUCAGUAAAAUCUCAUUUGUGCGGUUCCUUGCACAAUACUGUUAUUACCUAAAAAUAAAAAUAAAAUAAAAUUAAUUAAAAUAGUACCAUAGUUAAUAAUUAGGUGACCUUGGUGAACAUUAUUGUAAUGGAUUUUUCCUGUUCAUUCACAAACAUUAUUUUGUGUGUGAUUCUUAGAAAAUGUAAUUCAAAUAUAUUAAAAAGGUACUCCGUUUUAUGAUAAACAAAAGGGUAUUACCAUGGUGGAAAAUAUUUGCAAUGUUGUGCAUAUCUAUCAAGUACUGUAUAAGCAGAAUCUGUUUAAUUGGGAUUUUUUUUUCUUCUUUAAAUUAGGAUCUUACAAAAAUGUAUUUUGCUUUUUUAGUCUCUCUGUCUUAAAACGUGUCAGUGUCUUUAUGCAACAACUAUAUAUUAAUAAUAACAUAUUUUAGUCAUGUUUGACUCUCCCUUGUGAUCAAUAUUAAAACAAUCAAUAAAUAUUUGAAAAUAAUUUUUUUUGAAAUGGAUGUAGUUAAAUUAAAAAAUGUUUUAU